AUGCCUCGCUCCAUCCUCCUCAUCAACGGGCCGAACCUCAACCUGCUCGGCACGCGGGAGCCCGACAUCUACGGCAGCGCGACGCUGGCCGAUGUCGAGGCAGCGGCGCAGCAGCAGGCGUCAACACUAUCAGUCACGCUCGAGGCCUUCCAGUCGAACCACGAGGGCGCCAUCAUCGACCGCAUCCAGGCGGCAGCACGAAACGGCGUCGACGCCAUCGUCAUCAACCCGGGCGGCUUCACGCACACGAGCGUGGCGAUCCGCGACGCGCUGCUGGGCGUCGGCAUCCCAUUCGUCGAGCUGCACGUGUCCAACGUGCACGCGCGCGAGCCCUUCCGCCACCACAGCUACUUCACCGACAAGGCCAUCGCCAUGAUCUGCGGCCUGGGCGUCUACGGUUAUACUGCCGCCAUCGAGUUUGCCGCCAAGCACAUGAAGAUCAAGGAGAAGCUGUGA